AAUCGAACCUUUCGGUAUAAGUAUUUUCCAUAAAGUAUUUUUUAUAAAAGCAAAUAUCAUUAGUGACAAAAAAAUCAGGAUAGGUUAAGAUACGACAAUUAAAUCUUCCCUUGAUAGAAAUAGAAAAAAAUUGCAUUAGAUUACGUAUAAAUUACGAUACUAGAUAUUGCAAAUAAUUUACAAUAUUCAAUUAAUACUUGCCGCGAGAAAAUAACAGAAAAUUUACUGAUAGAUGGCGUUAAUAAUAUGUGAUGUGUAGGUACGAUGGUCGGUAAUACUAACAAUUCACCGUACUACAAAAGGAAAAAUGCAAUCCGCACUAAUUCGGGAAAGAAUAAGCGAAAGGCGAUUGCUUUACUAUUAAUUUUAUUGUAACAAUUAACGAAACGAUGGAUCGAGAUUAGGAUUCACAUACAAGACGACGCGUCGAUUCACUUUAUCUCCAAUGGACUCUUCGAACUUUUUUUGAGACAGAUGUCGCUGGGGUAGCUGUCGCUAUAGAUGCAUUAAAAAACACAGUGGUAGUCUAUCAUUAGUAUAGUGACAAAAGUAUGAUUCUUAAUUGUUUUUAAUUUUUGUAUCGGACAGUAAUUCAAAUAAUAUGUGUUUAUAUUAAACAUUCAGAGAAUAAAUUCAAAAAUUUGAAUUAUGUGAACAGAUUUGUUUAGUGAUUUGGUAUUUAAUUACUAAAAUGUUCAAUAUCCAAUUUAACGUAUAAUCAGUAGAAUAAUUUAUUUAUUUUUUUUUUUGUAAUUCAAAUCACGUCAUUGACUACAACUGAAAAAAUCUUAUCUACAUUAAAUAAACUUGAGAUCUGGAGUUAAACAUGGCAAGCACUUCUUCUGAUCAAAGCACUAUUGCUAAAAAAACAUGGGAAAUGUCAAAUAAUAUUGAAACAAUUAGCACUGUUGAUGAGAUCUAUAGAUAUGAUCGUAAAGAACAACAAGAUAUAUUAGCAGCAAAACCAUGGGAGAAAGACCCUCAUUUUUUUAAAGAUAUAAAAAUCUCUGCAUUAGCAUUAUUAAAGAUGGUUAUGCAUGCUCGUUCUGGAGGAACUUUAGAAGUAAUGGGCCUUCUGCUUGGAAAAGUUGCAGCGAAUACAAUGAUUGUUAUGGAUUCUUUUGCAUUGCCUGUAGAAGGCACAGAAACAAGAGUUAACGCACAAGCACAAGCAUAUGAAUAUAUGACAGCAUAUAUAGAAGCAGCUAAACAAGUCGGAAGACAAGAAAAUGCUAUUGGAUGGUACCAUAGUCAUCCUGGUUAUGGAUGCUGGUUAUCGGGUAUUGAUGUAUCUACUCAAAUGCUCAAUCAAAAUUUUCAAGAACCGUUUGUUGCUAUUGUAAUUGAUCCUGUCAGAACGAUAUCUGCCGGCAAAGUUUGCUUGGGUGCGUUUAGAACUUAUCCAAAGGGCUAUAAACCAGCGAACGAAGAACCAUCGGAAUAUCAAACAAUACCAUUGAACAAGAUUGAAGAUUUUGGUGUUCAUUGCAAACAGUACUAUUCUUUGGAAGUUUCUUAUUUCAAAUCGUCGUUAGAUAGAAGAUUGCUAGAUUCUUUAUGGAAUAAAUAUUGGGUGAAUACAUUAAGCUCGUCUAGUCUUCUUACAAAUGCUGAUUACACUACUGGACAAAUAUUCGAUUUGUCGGAUAAACUUGAACAGUCGGAGGUUGCACUCGGAAGAGGAUUUAUCUUGGGUGGAACGGAUCCCCAUGAUCGCAGUACCGUAGAAAAGUUGAUGAAAGCAACGAGAGAUAGUUGUAAGACUACUAUUGAAAUUAUUCACGGAUUAAUGGCACAAAUAAUUAAAGACAGAUUAUUCAAUCAAGUUGGAUGUAACCCUAUCGAGUCUCAGCAAUAAUAAAUCAGAUUUAUAUACCACGCGUAAUAAAAAAAAUGAUAUAUGUAAAAUGUAAUUAAUAAUAAGGGACAUUUUUGAUUAAAAUAUAAUAAAAAGUUUAUCUUUAUAUUUUUACUAUAUCUUAAUAUACACAUAGCAUGAAAACAAGAACUAUGAUUUAAAAAUAAAUGAAAUAACUGUGUAACUAUUAAUACGCUAUUCUUAAAAAAGUAGUGGAAUAAAAAUACAUUUUAUUUUCACACCUUGAGUUUCUAGAAAGUAUAUGUACAGCAUCUUU